AUGAAUCACCUAAGCAACUCUGCGCAUGUGCAAGAACUCGCCGCGGUAGACGACCGUAUCGAGGAGAUGCAGUCUCUUGCCAGUCGGAUACAUCACGAAACCAACGUCGGAGGCCCUGCGGCUCGCGGAGAGGCGGAACAGCAAUUGGAAGAGCUCAGAGAGUGUCGGCGACUGCUCGCCUCGCGCGUCUCGCCCGCGCAGGUGAUUCCGGAAGAGAUCUGGGUCGAUAUAUGGACUCGUGCGGAUGUGGUUCCUCGUCCACUGGACUCGCCGCCGACUCCCUUCGCCCUUUCUUGGGUGAGCAAGUGGUGGAGGUAUGUGCUCCUUCGAACUCCGGCGAUGUGGGACUUUAUCCAGGUGUCUCCGAACACUUCGCCUGCCCUUUUGCGCUUACAAGUGCAGCGGUCGGGAUCUCGUCUCUUGACAAUAUUGUUAAGCCUAAAGUCCGCCGUCCCUCCGAAGGACGGGGCGGGACGGUUCAUUUCACUCAUGGCCGAGCUCGAAAAAUGUGCAGACCGCUGGCAGUCUUUCCACCUACGCGAAGUCACACGGCCCAAAGGGCUCGAGCGCAGUGACCCUGCUCUCUACUCCAAUGCUGCUCUCUACUUCAAUGCUCUCCAGAACUCAUUGUGUGGCGUCCACGUGCCCCAUCUUCGACACUUCUGCGCCUGGUGGCAUGGCGAGCACCGUCUCGGCGCCGUGCUCAAGCGCGGGGCGCCGCACUUGUCUGAAGUCCAGCUGUCAAAUGUGCGGAUAUCCGACAAUCUCCAUCUCCUCCGCGGGCUGACAAGCCUCGAGCUGACGGAACCCCAUUAUCGAGGGACACUGACUAAGAUACAGCUCCGCAAUACCCUGGCGGCGUGUCCUGCACUGCACCAUCUGGGCCUUGAAGGGAGAUGGUUUGAGAGCGAUCCUGCCUUUCGGUUGCGCCAUCCGGAUCCGCUAGCCCUUGCAUCGUUGAAAUCUCUGAAGCUCUGCAUGCAGGACCGCUGGGAAGAAGAGGGCUCUAUUGUGCACGAUCUAUUCGACGUGGUCAUCGCCCCGAGACUGCAGUCGCUGCAGCUAGUAAGCUUGUCCUCGCAGACGUGCGAUGCGUUUUUAGAUGUGUUGGAGCAGAGGCCACAGGCCUGCGGCUCAGACUCGCUGGCCCUAUUAUGUCUGCAAGGCGGGGAUGACUUUGACAAAAUGGAACUGGACGUCCGUGUUUAUUCCCGGAUGUUCCAAACAUUUCGCAAGCUUCGGCACCUUUGGAUAGACACUGCCCCGGAGGACGCCAGCUCCUGCCUGCGGACGCUGGAGACGAUGGCCGAUGGGGGCACGCCGCUCGUCCCGUCGCUGGAUACGUUGACCAUUAACGUAGGGUCUGCGGAGGACAACGGAGCGGAUGUCCCCCACUUUAUCGCCCGGCGGCAAGAGAUGGGCGUCCCCAUUGCUACAGUACGUGUGUACCCGGCAGACGAUGUGUACGACGAAGAAAUACUCGAGUGGGUGAGGUGGUGCCAGGAGAGGGCCGCCGUCGAGGGGAUCACCUGCCAUGAAGUAGGAUUUGAUUGCAUUGAGACGUUGGAGAACAUGGUGUUUGCCCCGUUGAAGCUGAACCUGGACAGGCUUCGUCGACGCCCCCGCACACCGCUUGGUUAG